ACGUUGCGGUGGUGCUAACCAAUCAAAUUGAGCCUCCAAGAGGGGGCUCUUCAGUUUGUAGAAGCGUUGCUCGCCAACCGACACAAUCCAAGUUAGUGGGUAUGUCUCCAGAGGAUGAGCUGCAGAGUCCCCCUCUUGGUUUCAGCUCUGCAAGGGAUGGUGUUACUCUGAGCUGUGCUGAUCUUGCAACCUCUCAUGAGCUGGGGAGAAGGAACAGAGCCCGCAGUAGUCUCCAAACAAGAACCCUAGAGGCUGACAUCAGCUGCCAUGGAGAUUCUGCCAUGGAUGGAAAAAGCAAUUUCCUGAAAAUACUAACAGCUGCAGAAGCAGCUGCUAACUCUGCUGCCAUUCAGCUGGUGUCUUUUAAAGAUGCCAUGGAGGACGAAUUUGCUGAUUCAAGACAGACUGCCAUCGACAAACGCAGAAUUACGAGGCAGAGAGGACUUUUGCUGGAGAAGCUGGAGGAUUUCAGAAGAAUAAACAAGUCUUUCCGACAGAAAAUGAAACAGCUCCAAAAUGCAGAAGCUCAACGACUUGAUGCUGACAACCAAACAGCCAUUUUAUUGAAGAAGAUCUCACAGGCUGAGAGUGAAAAUGAGCAUUUAAAAAGGGAUUUAAGCGAGUCAGAGAGAAAAGUUGAGGAGCUGAUGAAUCAGCGGAGAGAGGAGCAGGAGAACAUGAAGAGCGCAAUUCACAUGACCAAGUCUGUAGAGGCGACUCGUGCUCACCUGCAGGGGCAGCUGCGCAACAAGGAGGCUGAGAAUAAUCGCCUGACCGUGCAAUUAAGGACUUUGGAGAGAACCCUGAUGCAGCAAAAGAUGGAGAUUGACGAUUUGAAAGGCUCUAUCACACCUAUGACUGAAAAGGCAGCACAAGAUAAGGAGUCUCUGAAAAAAGCUACCAGAGCACAGAAGCUGAGAGCUGAGAGAUUUGAAGCUGCUAUUGAGAAAUGCUAUGCACAGCUCAGGGAAAAGGAUGCUCAGCUUGCCAACGCCCAUUCAGAGAGAGACUCCAGGAGAAAACAGAAGGAGCAGAUGACAGAUGAGAACAACAAACUUUUUGCUCACAUAGAGUUGUUAAAGAGUCAAAUUGCAGACCUGACGGCGAGGCUGCAGACAGAGAAGGACGAGCUCAACGCAGCCAAUGACAAAGUGAUGCAGCAUGUUGAAAAACUCAGAGCUGAAAAUGGAGAUCUCAGCGUCAAUAAUGCAACACUCAAGGCAUCUAUCGCUCAGUUGGAGCAGCAGCUGGCUGAUUUUGAGUCGGCGCUGAUAGAAGAGAAGAUUACGUCUCAGGAGAGGAAACAUGAAGCUGAAAAGUACCAAUUUCAGGCUGCUGAGCUUCAAGUGGAAGUUCAGGAUCUGCGGAUAAAAUAUGCAAAUCUUUUACGAGAGGUAGAGAAAAGACGAGAUGGAAAAGAUACUGAGGUUGAGAAGGUGAGGCAGGAGCUGCAGAGGCGUGUGGAGGAGCUCCAGUCUUUUCCUGACUUACUGAGCGCAGCUGAGCAGAGUCUCCUCGAGUGCCAGGAGAGCCUGCGACGCUCGGAGAGGAAGUGCUCAGAAAAGUCAGAGUCCGUUAGGCAACUGCAGGUUAAGAUGGAAAGUCAGACAAAACUGCUGUCAUCUUCUGUGGAAAUGAAGGACUCCAUUCAUGAGGCCAACUUACAACUUCAAGAUAGAGCCAGUUCAGUCCAAAAGCAGAUGGAGAAGCUGCAGCAGGAGAACCUUGAGCUGGUUCGGAGCCUUGCGGGUCAGGAGGAGGCUCUCGGGUACAGUAACCGUCAGCUGGAUCAGCGCACGUCAGAGUGUCAGGCCCUCAGCCGGCAGCUGGAGGCGGCUUUAUCAGACGUCAAACAACAGGUCAACAACGUAAAAGGCCGAGCUGUUUCCAGAGAAGAGACCCUUCAGACUAAAAUCCUGGAGCUGGAAGCUGAAAAGAGCAGAAGGGAUAACGAGCUGCGGCUUCUCAGCCAGAAGAAGAUCACUGCGGAGAAACAGUUUGAGCUGCGUCUGAAGGACCUGCAGCUCAGCCUCGACCAAUCAGAGAGCCACAAACAGAGCAUUCAGAACUAUGUGGAUUUCCUGAAAAACUCUUACACGACGAUGUUCGACGAGGGGCUGCAGACGACCACUUUUGGAUCAUCAUAUUUUCUAAAGUAAUUAGAGGUUUAGUUUUGGAUUUUGAUUAUUUAUUUAUUUAUUUAUUUAUUUGUAACAAAUAUUAUUAUUUAAAGGAAGUGGGUGAAAUCAUUACUGUCAAAGAAAGUAAGAGCUUAGUGUGCAUAAGAUGUUUUUUGUCUGUCUUUGGGUAGAAACUCUACGAUCUCUGCAGUUAGCUGAGAAUGUAGGACUUUGUUUCUUCAACUUUGUUGUUGUGCAAGAGGUUCUGAUGAUUGUUUUUAGCUCAUGUCCCUGGAUGUGGGAGCCUUGGUGUCUUUUUCCCAUGAGACAUGUCAGCAUUUGCAUAUAUUUUUACCAAUUUAACUUAUUUUGUGGAGUAUGGCUGAGAUUCUGACUCAUUUACUUAUUUUGAGUUAUUAAAGCAGCCAUUACUUAAAGACCUACUUAUUAUAACACUUUAACGCUAGUUAUCUGUGCAACACCUGAAACAAUGAGUCCACUUGUCGCUUAUCACUUUAAUUGAAAACCUUUGUUUUUCUAGACUGCUGUUCUAUGAACUUAGGAAUCUGAAGAUGCAUUCCUGGGCUCUGAGUAACUGUGGAAGCAAAUGUGUUGCUCUUUUCUGAUAUUCCUUUACUUCAUAAUUAAACCCUAGAUUGACAAAAAGGGUUCACCAGCUGGAGAAUAUAAUGUGCACUAGGUGGAGCUGUUUUGUUCGUCUUAUUUUUCACCUGUAAGUGUCUCACAAUGCAAAGUGAGUUGGUUUACAUUCUGAAGGUGACUACAUGUGCAUCAGGCUCAAAUGAGGUGUCUCCUUCCAUCACCUUAAACUGUACAUACACACAAUAUAGAAAUAAAUUGUUGCUCAACUCCAGUUGUGCUUAAAAAUUAAACAUUUGUUGUUGCACAUGUCAAGAUAAACUGCUAGAAUAUCUUUUAUUAUGGUGAUCCAUUGAGAAAUGCUUAACCUCGGCUCCCAUUCAAGCCAUGAUAAUUGUCUCACUGCGAGUGACGCAGAUGAUGGGAAAUCAGGAAUUAUAUCUCAGGAUCUAAUUUCUCUGAUAUCCUGUGCAUGCUACAAUUGAACGUGUCUGUCUCUGUAGUAAUGAUAGAAAAUGUGUGAUUAUUAUAUUUAAUGUGUUUACGUUCUGAUUUCAGCUGGACUGAGAUCAAUGAUGCUGUAGAUUAAUUGUUCAGCUGUCAGAUGUGAAGCUGAAGCCUGCAGGGUUGCAAACAUAAUAUAUGAAUGACACGCUCCUCUGGGAGAUCUCCAAACCACUUUAAACUCUGCUGCUGCUUUGCUCUCCUACUUUUAUAAUUAAAGUUUUCAAACAGAGAGUGCAGGUAUCUGCUGCAGCAUGAUUUGAAAAGGCUGAACUUGCACUGUACUUUUUGUUCUGUUGCUGUUUCUUGCGGCUUCUUCCUGUAUCUAUGGUAAUAAAGUCCCCUAUGUGUCCAGA